AUGGUAUUUGCCCAGCCGCCGUUCAACCUCAGGACAGCAACCCAGCCAUCGUUCGACCACAACAGCCUAUGUGACUGGAGUUGGCUUUUCUUCUCCAGCGAGUUAUAUGGCAAUUUCAACAGCUUUGUAAAUUUGAUUGCCACAAUCAAGGGUGGAACUCAUGUAGAUCACGUCACAAGUCAGAUCACUAAUCAUGUCAUGAAUCUUGUAAAUAAGAAGAACAAGAAUGCCAACUUUAAAGCCCACAAUAUGAAGAAUUAUUUAUGGGUUUUUGUCAAUGCUCUUAUUGACAAUCCUACUUUUGAUUCUCAAACUAAAGAAACUCUUACCAUUCAUCCAAGCAGUUUUGGGUCUAAAUGUGAACUCCCACCAGAGUUCUUAAAGAAAGUGGCAAAGUCUGGCAUUGUGGAUAGUCUUCUUUCCUGGGCCAACUUCAAGCAGAACAAGGAUCUUAAGAAAACAGAUGGAGCUAAGACAGAAAGGGUUCACAAUAUCAAUAAGCUGGAGGAUGCUAAUGAAGCCAGAGGAAGGAACUCUAAAAAAUGUACCUUGAUUUUGACUGAAGGAGAUUCGGCCAAAGCUCUAACAAUGGCUGGACUCUCUGUCGUUGGUCGAGACCAUUAUGGUGUUUUCCCAUUGAGGGGUAAACUACUCAAUGUAGGGAAGCUUGCGCUACCCAGGUGA